AUAGCACGGGUAUUCCCCCCUGUAGGCGGAGUUUGAAUGAGGUCACUGGGGAAAUGUGUCGGGACUAGAAGAAACAUCCCACACAGCUUGAUUGAAGUUAGUCAUCAGUCUGUCUGAUUUACGCUCGCACACUUUUAAAUGGACAUGGAGGAGCUCAGUAACAGUGUUUCACUGUCGCCUACACUCUUCAACCUCAUCGUCUGUUGCCUGCUUUGUGGAUUCACACCUGUUAAAGGUGAGUCAAAGGUGAUUGGUCCAUUUCAACCAGUCGUGGUUGCUCCAGGGGAUGACAUCAUCCUACCAUGUCACGUGGAGCCUCCUGUCAACGUGGCACGACUGACGGUGGAGUGGUCGAGGCCCGACCUCCAGCCUGACCCCAACGAUCGACUGAGCCGGGUCGAGUACGUGCAUCUGUACCGCGACACCCGCGAGGUCCCGGACAUGAAGAUCUCCUCGUACAUGGACAGGACAGCGCUGUUCGCAGAUGGCCUGAGACAAGGCAACAUUUCGCUCAAGAUCAUUAAUGUGACGCUUGCAGACGCAGGAAGAUUCAAAUGUUUCAUCCCGAAGUUAAAGAGCCAAACGCAGUAUUCAAUUGUCCAUCUUGUUGUUGAGCCAAAAUCAGCUCAGACAACAGAAACACCACUGCAACCCAUCAGUCUACAAACAUCUGAUCCAAUGGAAGACAAAGACAUUAAAAAUGGGCUGUCCAGUCAGAGCAGAGUGAUCCUAAUUGUGGUUUUCUGCAUCUUGCUGGCGAUCAUAGUUGUUGGAGUCACAGGAUAUUUGAUACACAAGUAUCGAAAACGGGAGCGUAUGAAAGGACCUGUAGUCUAAGUGGUUUCCUCAAGACUACAUUGGUGGUUCACAGAGAUGAAACAGAACAUGAAACAGAACAUGAAACAGAAGACACAGGACAUUUGAGCCAAAAGCUGCUGCACAAGUGUGUGCUGCAAUAUAGUUAUCUAUGUUAUACUUGAGUCCAAAAAACCUAGUUGGCAGAAUAAAUGUUGGCAUUGUGUGUCUCUGCAAACCACUGGUACCUAACAUUUGUACGUUUAGUAUGUAGUGGAUAGGUUGAAACUUCACUUUUCUUGUUUCAACAAUGAGGUGGAUAACUAGUGGUUAUAUUUAACCUCUUGGUUAUGGUUUGGAAAAGAUCAUGUUUUGGCUUAAAAUAUCUAAUUUUGUCAUCACAACCAGUGCUGGAAAUGCACUGAUUUUUUGCCAAAAAACACCCAGUUUUGGUGCCACAAUCAAAAUUAAAAAUGCCCCCAUGUCUCACUAAAAAAACGUGGUUUUGGUGCCACAGUCAGGGCUGGAAAUGCCCCGAUGUCUCGUUAAAAAAACAUGGCUCUGGUGUCACAAUCGCGGCUGGAAAUAACCAGUUGUCUUGUUAAAAAAGACCGGGUUUAAGUGCCACAGUUGCAGCUGGAAAUGCUCUAACGUCUCAUUAAAACGUGGCUUUGUUGCCUCAGUUGUGGCUGGAAAUGCCGGCAAAGUCCCCCGAAGAAACACCUGGUUUGGUGUCAAUCACAGCUGGAAAUGCCCUGAUGUCUUGUUAAAAAAACAUGGUGUUGGUGCCACAAUUGUGGCUGGAAAUGCCGGCAAAGUCCCCCUAAGAGACACCUAGUUUGAUGCUGCAAAAUACCAUAAUGUUUUGCUAAAAAACAUAUACUCAGUCACUUUAGAAAAGCUGACAUGAUAAGUAAGAAACUUACAAACGUGUCUGUGGUUUGCAGAAAUGUACAAUGCCAACAUUUUCCUCCGGCGAGUGAGCCGAGCUUAAAAGCACUUUACACUCUGGAGCUCUCUGUGAGCUGUGAAGAGACGCAGGUCACUGGGAGGUUAUGCAGCAGCCAUCAAGUACAACAUAAAUGAUGUAAGUGGUUCUUUCUUAUGAUGUUUAGUCUGUUUUUCUACAUCUACAGCUCAUAGACACAGAGGAGUUCUAGGCCCUGAUUUUUCUUCUAGAUACUAAAAAGUAGAUCCUCUAAGAACUUUUUUGGACACGUCACAGUGGUGUUAAGCUCAGGGUGAUUUAAAGGAGGAUAGUGCCUGAAAAAAUAGAAUUCAGUGGCACAUUUUUGGCGUUAUUUUUCGGGGUCAUUAUUUGGUUUAAAUGUUUACUGCUGGGAGAUUUAGGUCAAUUUUUUUUUUACAUGGACUGAACAUGUGCAUACUUUACAGACAUAUUUCACCUCAGCCCAGAAGCAUGCAACCACCUGUAGUCAAAGCACUACAGUCUUUCAGUUUUGAGAUCAUAUACUGGGAAAGCACCUGCAGUUACCUGGUAAUGAGUCAGAGGUAAUUUUCUGUGCCUUUUAAAUCCCCUCUCUUGUUUUUAUUUCAUUUAACUCUCUUGUGAGUUAGAUUUAUGGACAUGUGUUCUGUAUGUGUGUGGCGCAGAGGGGCUUCAACUUACAUUUCAUUGUCCGAUUCUUUGUUGUCAAAUGGGAAAAAAAUUACAGUGAAGACGACCUGCUGAAGUUCAAACUGAGCAUCAGGAUAGGGAAGAAAGGUGAUUUAAGUGACUUUGAAUGUGGAAUGGUUGUUGGUCUGAGUAGUUACUGGGAUUUUCACACACAACCAUCUCUAGGGUUUACAGAGGAUGGUCCCAAAAAGAGAAAAUAUCCAGUGAGCCAAAAUGCCUUGUUGAUGCCAGAGGUCAGAGGUCAGAGGAGAAUGGCCAGACUGGUUCUGAUGGCUACUUCCAGCAGGAUAACGCACCGUGUCACAAAGCUCACAUCAUCUCAAACAUGACAAUGAGUUCACUGUACUCCAGUGGCCUCCACAGUCACCAGAUCUAAUAGUCUGCACCAGCAAAAACACUCACACCAGAGCAGCGUCCGCAGUUGGUGCGAGUUGUGAGCUGUAAUUCAGCAGUAAAUAAUCAGCCGUGUGUGUCUGACUGUGGAUGGUGGAGCUGCUGAAUGGAUUUGUGGAGUUUGUAGUGGUGGCUGUUAGCAGUUAGCGCCACUUGGUAGCUGCUGAAUGGCAGCGGAGCAAGCGGCUACCAGCCACCGGACUUCACAGCUGAUCCUUGCAGGACUCCACUCAGUUCAGGCUGUCUCAGGAUGGUUUAUGGUAUGAUCUUGUUUGACAGGAGGCUCAGUUAUCUGUGAGUGUAGCUGUGCUGUAAGUAAAUAGUCUGAACUCAGAUCAGUUUUCUCUGCCAGAGAUGAAAUUUUAGUUUUAAUCACCAACUCUGUGAGACACGAGUUUAAACCUCUAGACUAACAUGUUGCAGAGAGUUGUUUCUGACAGCAUAAACAGAGAUGUUGAGCUUUUCGAAUAAAUUAUCAGUGAGCGUGUGCUCGUAAAUCCGCCCUUAAACCUGUCGUACACUGCUGGAGAAAUGAAAGUUUGUAGAAAAAUUUGUCUAAAUGAAAUUUUCGUGGAUAAAAAUGACUAAAAUGUGACUAAAACUAAAGUGUUUUCGCACAGAGAGAGAAAACCUAAGGGCUACAUCUUAACCUCAUGAGAAGGCCAUGUUGUGUGGUGAAGACUGCAAUAAAACCAUUGUUAGUGAGCGGCACCUGAACGCCUCACCAUCCUCCCUUAUGCAGAGCUGCAGAACUUAAUUCUUAACUUAAUUCAGCUGACUAUCAUCACUCUUUGCUGCCUGCCAUCUUCACCAUGACGCACUGAGAGAGCUUCUCCCCUCCACAGACACACUAACACACCCUCACAGAUUAGUUGUAUGUAGGUCUACCUAAGGUGCAGUAUUUUUGUCUGCAUGUGGCCAUUUUAACUUCAUGUCAUGUUGAUUAACGAGUGACGAGUGUAUAAAUAGGUAGGAACAUGCCUCAGGCUGAAAAACAAAAAUAAAA